AUUCAAAAAUCAGUCAUCAGACAGUAGUAAUUUCAUGAAUUUUCGAUAGCUCGAAAUUCGAUAAGAUUGAAGUAUGAAAUUCUGAAACUAUUGGAUCCCACUUUCACACGUUAUAUUAUAAUAGCAUUCUUCAAAUAACGAAAAAUUUUUAAUAUGUCAGAUGAACAAUGGUUGAGUGCUCUUCAGAAUGCGAAAAAGACGGCGAUUAUCCAAGACGGUAAAAGAAAAAUACAUUUUUUAAUGGAAGAUGGAAAAGAAAUGGUAGAGGAGUAUAAUAUGGACACAAACGUUCUUGUAAAAAGAGCAUGGAAAGAAAAGGGUAAGUUAGGACAAGAAAUUGGAUGGGUUGUUGAAGUCGGUGAUCCAGAUUUACCCAAGGAUAAUCUUGACGCUGUAGGCAUCCGUGAAAGCUCAAGCGCUCCAAUUGUUGCAAGAAGAAUCACCAAAACUGCCUUAGAAUGGAGAAUAAGAAAUUUACCAUAUCCCAAAGAUGUAUAUUCCAUCACAACAGAGAAUGACGGAACAAUAAUUGUGCGUACAAGCAAUAAAAAAUAUUUUAAAAAGCUAAUAGUACCAGAUUUAGAACGAGCAGGAUUGAAACCAGAGCAAGAGAGAAUAUCUAUCGCACAUCAGUAUAAUACGUUAAUAAUAACGUACAAAAAACCUCCAAAACUUCUUGAUAUGGAAAAGAAAGUUUUUAACAUGUUAUCACAAUUGAAAGUCAUGAAAGAAGGAGACGUGCAAUGUCCAACGAGUUAACAUUAAAUAAUGUCAGCAAAGGACAAUGGUAGCAUCUAAGAUGAGAUGAAUUGAAUUUAUCAAUAUUUGUUUCAAUAUUAAUUUAAUGAAUUUAUCAUUUAUUAUAAAUU